UAGUCGAAAGUAGAUAACUGUGGAAAUAUGGCGAAAGACUUGAAGAACAAAGUCGUCGUGAUCACGGGGGGAGCGGUCGGUAUCGGCAAAUCUAUAGCAGACAACUUCCUAAAAAAAGGUGCAAAAACAGUCGUCAUACUCGAUGUUAAUGAAAAACGAGGGAUCGAAGCCGCAGCGAACCUGAAUUCUAAUUAUGGAAGUAAUAAAGCAGUUUUUAUGAGGUGUGACGUCACUAAAGAUCUCGAUAAAGUGUCGGAGAAGAUAAUAAGCACCUUCAAAACUGUCGACAUUUUGGUGAACAACGCUGGAACGUUAAAUGAACUGAACACGAGGAGGACGAUAGAUUUGAACGUGCUGGCUCUGAUAGACUGGUCUCUGAGGUUCUGGGAGCACAUGAGGAUAGACAAAAAUGGAAAAGGUGGCACCAUCAUCAACAUAGCCUCGAUAUACGGCUUCAGAUAUGUCCCGUACCUGCCGGUAUACCAGGCGUCCAAAUUCGCGGUGAUGGGCUUCACCAGGUCUUUGGGACAUUCGCAAAACUUCGAGAGAUCCGGUGUGAGGGUCGUCGCUGUCUGUCCGGGGUUCACGAGGACGGAGCUGAUAGCCGAACCGGUGCUGUGGGAUGAUGUCCUGAAGGGUGACUUCUCGGAGUUCCUGACCACCCAGCUGUGGCAGGAAGUUGAGGACGUUGGUAAGGCGGCAGUUGGCAUUUUCGAGAAGGCAACCAGCGGAUCAGCGUGGUUGAUAGAAGAAGGAAAGCCUAUUGUUGAAGUUAAUUAACUGCUUUUUUCCUUGUAUGUCUGUUGUUGAGUUUUUCGUAUUUAUCAUAUUAUAUAUUUGUAUAAGUGUAGAUUGCACGA